AUGCCAUUGAAUUGGGAUGUGUUGAAACGACGUACCACAGAAGAUUGGGAUAAGGUAACGAGCGCCUACAUAACAUUGUUAAAACUAAUGCCACCCACUGCCAAGGGGAGAAAGAAAGCAGACCGCAUUGGAGUGACAGCUGCAAUAGACCGGCUUAUCGUUUUUCACAAGACUGGAACUUCGCUGGAAAACGCUGUUGUUCAUACUACACAGCCGUGUCUGCUUGCGGUUGGACCAAACAAAGGCGCCAUCUCGUCAUACUUCAUAGCCGUGGAGAAAGGAAGUAUUCCUAUCGAUGCGAUAGAUUCAUCUGCUGCUUUUGACUCCCUGUUCAAGUGCCAUUUCGUUUUGGACACAAGAUUUGACUCCAGCCUCAGUAUGUACUAUGACUUUAUUCAGGUCUUUUAUUACAAAAUGGACUCUAACGUUCGCUUUACAGCGCGAAUGCGCGAGGUGCGUGCGUGGUUGUCACAAGUUAUAACGAUACAGGCGUUUGAAAUUAGCGCCAUAAAAUUUUGA